GACAAUUACCCUACAGCGCUGAAAAGUUAUAAACAAUGAGCGGCGAAAAGGCUGAAAAAGCCAAAGUCAGCGCACAAGUCAAGCAUGUGCCAAAAGAUGCCCAGGUUAUCAUGUCCAUACUAAAGGAGCUCAACAUCCAGGAGUACGAGCCACGCGUCGUCAAUCAAAUGCUCGAGUUUACAUACCGAUAUGUGACCUGCAUACUGGAAGAGGCCAAAGUAUACGCAAAUCAUGCGCGAAAGAAAACCAUCGACCUGGAAGAUGUUCGCCUGGCCACCGAGGUGACGAUGGACAAGAGUUUCACUGGGCCGCCGUCUAGACAUGUUUUGGCCAAAAUGGCAGAUCUGCGCAAUGCGAUGCCACUGCCUGCCAUUAAGCCACACUGCGGUCUGCGGUUGCCACCCGAUCGUUACUGCCUGACCGGUGUCAACUACAAACUGCGCGCCACCAAUCAGCCUAAAAAGAUGACCAAAUCGGCGCUGGAGGGGCGCACAGUGAAAACGGUUGUGAAGCCCGUCUCCAGCUCCAAUGGGCUGAAACGUGCCCACUCAAUAGUGUCCAAGCAACAGGUGGUCACCAUACCGAAACCCGUCAUCAAAUUCACAACCACAACGAAAGCGGUCUCCACCAUGGAGGUAAAGAACGAGCCGGGCACCAGCGAUAUGAAAAUGGAGGUGGACAGCGAUGCGGCUGCCGUGGGCAGCAUUGCCGGCUCUGGCGUGGCUGUGAAGCGUGAACGAGAAGAGGAGGAAUUUGAGUUUACAGCGAAUUAAGAAUACACAUAUUACACACAUAACAUAAAAAUAAUAUUUGUAACCCAUGGGGCGAUUUAGAUUUCGGCAAACUCUCAACUUUUGUAUUUUCAAACAUUUCUGUAAUGCGACUACAAAUGUGAAAUUAAAUUUAAAAAUGA